CCCUCGGUCUCGGCGCGUCAUGGCGGUGGACGAGGUGUCCGAGUUCCUGCAGCAGAACCGGCGGCUGUCCGACUGGCUGGAGGCGCUGAAGGGCGACAGCGAGCCGCAGAAGCACUGGACGGCGCGGCGCGAGUUCAUCCUCCGCAACAUGCCAGGAGGAGGAAGGGCGAGCGGCGCCGAGCCGGGGCUCGACACUGACCGGCUGCUCGCCCUCUCCAUGGUCUGGGCCAACCACGUCUUCCUGGGCUGCCGAUACUCGAAGGCAAUAAUGGAUAAAGUGUUGGAGAUGGGCGAAGGGAUCAAAGUUACAGACGCUCCAGUACACACAACAAGGGACGAACUUGUAGCCAAUAAGAAGAAAAGGGAGCUUUCAAACAGUAAUGAAAAUACUAAAGAAGAACCUUGUGUAAAGAAAAAGGCAAUCGAAGAAGAUAAAUGCAUUGAAUUUCCUGCAGUGUCUGAAUCUACUGGGAAUGGCAGCCAGGAUAUUGAUCCCAACAAAAUCCCAGGUCUUGAUGGUUUUCCUGAUAGUGAACCACCAGCUCCUUUGCCUGAACCACAGGUGCAGGCUCCAGUCUGUCCUGCACCAUCCACCGGGUCAAAUCAAAAAGAGGUCCAGCAAAUCCCAAAAGAGAAUGAAGUUAAGAAAGUUGGCACUCCUGUGCAGGUUCCAGUCACUCAUCAGCAAACGCUGCCACAUCGUUCUGAAGCUCCAGCACAGACUAAGAACUUCUCAUCUAAUUCUGCAGAAGCUAAACCGGCUAUUCAGUUAGACACUGUUGAACGCCCUGCCUCUGUAGCAAGUUCCCAGAAAGCAGCACAGCCGUCUGUUUCACAGAGUUGCAAACCCCCUAUAACAGUGGUCAGUUUAACUCCUGAAGCUAUAAAAGAGAAACAAACCUUUUACAAUAAACUCUACAAAGCCAUAGCAUGGAAGCUAGUGUCAGCCGGUGGUUUCAGCAAUGAACUUAACCACUUAACCAUUUUGAGUAACUGCAUACAGUCAACCAAGGGAACACUUGAAAGCAUCUGUGUUCCUCUGAAGGACAUUUCUGAGCUGCAUUUACCACAAAGCUCUGCCCGUGAAGGAAUUGUUUGUGAAUUAAGGUGCAAGUCUGUUUAUUUAGCGACAGGAUAUGGUAAAUGCAAAGUGACUGCCAAAGAUAUGGCUGCCAAGGAGGCUGUGAAAUUAUUUUUGAAACAGAAGGUUACAGUGAAGAUGUGUAAAAGAAAGUACAAAGGGAGUGAAAUUGAGGAUUUAGUACUUUUGAGUGAGGAUAUACAUCGGUUAAACCUAGCUCCUGCAUUAAUGAAUCCUUUAGAACCUUCUACAAGGUAAACAAACUUGUAAAUGUUCUUUCAAUUAGUUAAUUGGAAGUGUUUUAUAUAUAUGAGUAUAUAUAUAAUCUGAAGUAUGUUUGUCAGGUUACUUUAUUGUAAAAGAGAGAGACUGCAGUUGAAGUUACAGUUAUUUGAAUUUCUUUUGAGACUAGAUUAAAGUUGUGUUGCCCUACAGUUUCUCAAAUUGAAAGAAUUACCUGGGUAAGAUUAUUUUUUAGGUUAUUACUGUAAAUCUAUUAUUCUGCCAAUAAACAUUGGUCUUGAAAUACCCUUCAAAUUAUUGUAAAUUUUCCAAUGGCUACAGAUUAUUUUAAAGGAGAAACACAAAAAUCCAACUUUCUGACAAAUACAACAGGGCCUCAAGAAUCUUUACAUCAGUAUGUCAGGUGAGAGUACAUUCUUUCCAAAAGUAGUUUUACAAAAUCUAUUCAGGAUAAAACAUUAAGCAUUGAAAAUGUUAUGUUCCAAACCUGGAUGAUCGUAAUCGUGUUGGUUUAUUUAAAUACUGGAUUGCCAUUUCAGAGUGGAUUGGAAUUGAUCACAGUUGGGCAAUGAAAUCUGGUAGAUAGGAGUUGCAGUUCUGUACUGGUAUAAAAAGAAUACCCAACCUGAAUGCCUACUUGUCUGAAAUGACAUUCAAGGUAGUCAAAUCAGCAUGGAAAGAAAAGUGAUGCAAUCUGCAUCCUGAGGUAGAAGAGCACUAUGCUUUAUUCACAACUUUGAAUGGCUUAUUGGAACUCUAGACAAUUCAUUGAUCCAACUAUGUGAGUGGAGGUUUAAUUGGGCAUGCCAAUCUGCUAGUCUGAAGCCUGAAUCCUUCUCAUUUGGAAAAGUUAUUUAUAAUUUCAAAUGGUUUUAGACAACGUUAAUCCAGAUUUUGAUGAAACCAACUGCCAUCUUAGUGGCUACACUUUUUAGUAAAUUAUCAGUCAUUAUUGUUGUGGGGGGUGGGGGGAGGAAUUCAUUCUCAGCAGUAAAGUGUGGAGGUUAAGCCAUAUUGGUAGGACAGAACAAGAAAGAACCUUAAUCUGUACUUGGUUCUCAGAUGCUCAGCUCCACCGGAUAGUGUAGAAGGAAUGUUCAUCACAUUUUUAUUGUCCUAAUUUUCUAGUCUUUUUUUUAAAUGUAUUGUUAAUAUGUGUGCUUUAUCGCUAUUUAAAAUAAUAUUGCAAUACCAAUCAAUAGUCUCAAAUACAGUCCCAGUUCCUUUAAUAUUUUGCUCCCUUUAGUAUUUCUUUCUUUGCUAUUUCCUUUAUAAAUUUCUGUUUUGGUCAAUAUGUAAAUAUCUCACCCAGAGCUCUUACCUAGAUAAAACUCAGCAAUCUUAUGGAGCUGAAUACUUAUGAAGGGGUCUGAGAGGCAUGAUUGGCAAAUUAUAGGAAAGGUAUGGAAUUAAAAUUGAGCCAGUUCCAAACCAGUGUUUCAAUAAUGAUUCAGAUAAUGCUAUGGCCUUUUCGUUAGAUUAUAAAAAUUUGAAGAAUAUAUGGUUUAAUGUUCUCAUUGGAAGCAGUAAUUGACAAGAUUUAUUUUUGGUUCCAGUGUUUUCAGCUUUAAUACUGGUAUCUACAGACAGUACCAACAUGUUAAAGAUAAACUGAGUAGUAGAGGGUAAAGAUCAGAUUGUCACUGCUACAGCUCAGUCAUGCAUUAAAUACUUUGUGGUUCAGUUUUAAUGCAAUAUUUUUGACUGUUUCUUUAAUCCUGAUCAGAUAUUGAAUGGAUAUUUGUCACUAGGGUUCCAGUAAAUUGUAAUGAGUGUGUGAAAUGUUUAUUAUCUCCUUGAUUUGUGGGAAUCACUAAUAGAUAGUUUUUUAAAAAUUUAGUUGUCUGGAACAAAUGGCUUGAAAGAUAUCAUCUGGUAAUGUAAUAGUUAGAAAUGUGGUUUUAUUGGAGACUAAUUGCAGAUGAUGGGCAAUGUUUCAUGCAUUGUUUGCAAGUUAAGUGUGUUUGUAGUUUUCCCUUGUGAUACAUGUAAACCAGAUCUAAUCAUUAAACUAUAUCCAUAUAUACAGUGGCAUGCAAAAGUUUGGGCACCCC